AUGGCGCCAACAUUGCUCUGGAUCGGGCUCGGCAACAUGGGCCGUGCCAUGUGCAAAAACAUUGUCGAAAAGGGCAAUCUUGACUCGCCGCUGCUCAUCUAUAACCGCUCCAAGCAGCGAGCUGUCGACUUGAGCCAGAAGCUGCCCGCCGGCAAGACGGAGGUCGUCGACUCGCUCGUUGACGCCGUCGCCAAGGCCGAUGUCAUCUUCAGCUGCGUCGCCAACGACGAUGCCCUCAUCGCCGUGCUCGCCGGCCCCGCGGCGAGCGUGGACCGCGCGCGGCCCUGGUUCGUGGGCGUGACGGCGCGCGCGGACGUCGACAUGUCCGACCUGCCGUACGGCCGCGCGACGACGCUCAAGGUGAUCGGCAACACCUUCGUGCUCAACAUGGUCGAGCAGCUCGCCGAGGCGCACGUGCUGGCGGAAAAGUCCGGGCUGGGCACGCGGCCGCUGCACGACCUCGUCGGCGCGCUGUUCCCGGGCCCGCACGCGGCGUAUAGCGAGCGCAUGCUCUCGGGCGACUACCACCGCCGCAGCGAGCCGCUCUGGGCGGUCGACCUCGCGCGCAAGGACGCCCGCCACGCGAGGGCGCUCGCGGAGGCGGCGGGCACGACGCUGGCAAACGUGGAGACGGCGGACAGGCACCUGGCGAGUUUGAAAGAGCAUUCCGGCCCGUCGGGGGAUAUCGCGGCCAUCUAUGGUGUGGUGCGCAUGGAGGCUGGCCUCAAGUUUGAGAAUGAUGCUUAA